GAUGACUCGACCAAGAUCUCUUCAUCAGACUCUCAUUCGCCCUCCAAGGAGUUACUCUCAUCCUACCUCUUCAAGCUUAUCGUGAUUCUCACAAGUUAUCCUGACAACUGGUAUUGAUUCCGCCCAUCGUACUUAUCAUCCAAAAACCUAUAUAGUUCCAUGUCAGAAAUGGAUCUCUCAAUGGCACUUUCGUUCAAAGAUGCCCUUCAACGGCUUGAGAACCGUCGCGUCAAAGCGACGCGUCCAUUGAUUCCACCCCAAAUCCUCCAAGAAGACCUUCCUUUGACUUUCCUUGCUGCCAAUACUGUCCUUGAGGGACGUCGAGCAACUGAAAAUGUACUCAGGGGUGACGACGACCGGCUGAUGGUGGUGGUUGGUCCCUGCUCGGUGCACGACGUGGGUGCGGCCAUCGAGUACGCCAAGCUGCUCAAAGCCUAUGCAGACGUGGCUAAAGAUGACUUGCACAUCGUUAUGCGUGUGUAUUUUGAAAAGCCUCGGACGACUAUCGGAUGGAAAGGUUUGAUUAAUGAUCCUGAUAUGAAUUGUAGUUUCCAAAUCAACAAGGGGUUACGCAUCGCGCGUACCCUCCUUUUAGAUAUCGCUAAACUUGGCAUGCCUGCUGGCUGCGAGUUCCUCGACACAAUAUCGCCUCAGUACACGGCCGAUUUAGUGUCCUGGGGGGCUAUUGGUGCACGCACCACAGAGUCUCAAGUGCACCGAGAGCUAACUUCGGCACUGUCGAUGCCCACUGGAUUCAAGAAUUCGACCGACGGAUCCGUUGGCAUUGCGAUCGAUGCAUCUCGUGCCGCUCGAAGUGGCCAUGUCUUCCUCAGUGUGGGCAAAGAAGGCCUUAGCAGUAUCAUUGAAACCGAGGGCAACCCAGACACGCAUGUAAUCUUGCGUGGUGGCUCUAAAGGCCCAAAUUACGCCGCGGAAUACGUCCGUGACUGUGGCGAAAAGCUUUCCAAGGCUGGUCUUCCUUGCAAAAUCAUGGUUGACUGCAGUCACGGAAACAGCCAAAAACAACAUCGUAGACAGAUAGAAGUUGUAGAAGACAUCGCACAACAACUGGAGAGCCAGGAUACCUCGGCGUUUAUCAUGGGUGUCAUGCUCGAGUCUAAUCUCGUCGAGGGACGGCAAGAUAUGCCGUCGAGUGGUCCUGCUGGCCUCAAAUAUGGCCAGUCAGUCACCGAUGCUUGCCUGUCCUGGGACAUGACCGUCCCCGCCCUUGAGCGUUUGCGUGAAGGUGUUCGCGCUCGCCGAGAGUUGGUUUCUCGAAAAGCCAAAGGCGUGGAGCUUCUGGCUAACGGCGCGAAGGAACUGAAACUCAAAGAUGUGAAUGGCGUGAAUGGCGUCAACGGCCACUGAUAUUAAUGUGGCGUGCAUUGUGUACCAGUUUUACAAGUUCAUUAUCGCAUGUACGAGCUAUCUUUAUUCUCAAUCGCAUAUAUUUGUAGAUAUCGAAAAGCACAGACAACAUUCACUAUCCGAUUUUCGUCCUGUCUUUCAGCAGUACUUGUAUGCGGUAA